AUGUCUACUGUCAUGCCCCCUGAGAUUUUCCGGCCCCCGUACGACCCUGCGCUUCAACCCAAACUUGAUGCUCUCGAUCUCUCCUUCUUCGAUACUAUCGACAAGAUCCGAGCCGUGACCUCUGGAUUCUCCGCCGAAACCGUCCUCGCUGGGGUUCCACAUAUGCAACACGCAGAAUAUGUCGUUGAUUCGCUGGAUGGCCCAGUCAUCCUUUCUAUGUUCACCAGAAAGUCAUCCACAAACCGCUCCCGACCAGCAGUGUAUAUUAUUCACGGCGGCGGCCAAAUAGCCGGCGACCGAUUCAGCGCGAUAGACAGUAUAAUCCGCUUCUUUGAAGGUAUUGAUAUUGUCGCCAUAUCUGUUGAAUACCGUCUAGCGCCAGAACAUCCAGCGCCGGCGGCUUUGAACGACAGCUACGCCGGACUAGUCUGGGUAGCAGACCAUGCAGCCGAGCUUGGGAUUGACCCUACUUCAAUCAUGAUUCUGGGCGUCUCCGGCGGCGGUCCCAUCGCAGCAGGAUGCUCCUUGCUUGCACGGCAGGGCCAGCACCCAACGCUAAACCUACUUGCACAGAUGCUGAUUGCACCUAUGCUGGAUGACCGGGGCCAGACGGUGUCGGCGAAGCAGUUUGAGCAUGUCGGACCGUGGUGUGGGGUUACCAACCAGAUGGCAUGGGACUGUGUCCUUGGAAAAGACAGAUGGGCGCAAGUUGAUUACAUGGUUGCACCUGCGCGUGCGACGGACCUGACGGGGUUACCGCCAACGUUUAUUGAUGUGGGUGAGGCGGAGGUGUUUCGGGACGAGGCGAUUGCGUACGCGUCGCUCUUGUGGAAGUGCGGCGUCUCUACCGAGCUUCAUGUCUGGAGGGGGCAUUUCAUGGUUUCGAGAUGCAGAUGCCUGGUGUACCGGAGGAUAGCCAAACUGCAGUAG